CGGCGGUCGUGAGAGAAAAAUCAGUUGACGCUCCUCUUCCUUCUCCUGCUGGUUUGUGCUCCGUGUUUUUGGGCCACAAACCCUGACAGUGUGCCGCUAAGGGGACUGACAGCCGCUGUUUUUGCCGCGGACGUGUACCCUCGGAGGCUGAUAAAGCUUUAGAAACUAGCCGUUAGGGAAUUCGGCGGGGUUGUGCGCGAGUCCAGCUGCUCUCCUGCUGCUGUUUGCCGUUAGCUUUCGGCUAACGUCAGCUAGCUGCCACAGAAAACGGAGGGCGAGCCCCAACUUGCCGUCUGUCACAGCGGCCGCUGUCUUUCGGGAAGAAAUCCCUUUAUAGUUAACCUUCUUCUCGGUCGCUGAACUGAGCGGGGACUCCACCUUUCCAGUGUAGCUCUUUGCAUGUAGCCGCCUGGCCAGACCAGCUCUAAAUGGCGUCGGAUACGAGCGACACAGAGGAGUUUUUUGAUGCCCCAGAAGAUGUGAACUUCACCCCCUCGCCUCAUGUGUCGCCUGCAAAGUUUGUUCUUCCCCAGCCUCAGGCCUCGGAUGAGAACCUGCUGCAGGAAGUAGCUGCUGGGUUGGCGCCACCAGAGCCUCGCCAAGAUGACUCUCUGCAGAUCAUUGACAGUAUUAUAGAGGAGAGUCAGAAGGAGAGUGGAGUGGAAGAGGAGUUGCUGAGAGGAGACGAGAGAUGCUCCGCUCCUUCUGUAGAGGACAGGAGUUCUGGAACAGACAACAGUGCUCUAGAAGACGCUCAAGUUCUGGAACCUUCAGUACCAUCUGAGGCUCCUCCUGCGGACUCGGUUGCAGAACCGCAACAACAACAGCCUGAUGUCAGACCACAUGACGUGAGGUCACAGGACGCGCAGGAAGUGGCUCCAGAUGUGGCGGGUGGAACCCAGACGUCUCAGGAACUGAAUCGAGGUCCUCCUCCUCCUCCAGACAUCACGAGCGCUCUGGGGCCGUCUCCACCACAACCCGCUCUCAGCCCUGCGGCCUGUGCUACGGAAAGCACAGAUACAGCCAAAACUGCGGACAUCUUAGAACAAGUGCCCCUCACAGACAAAACGGCAGAAUCUGACGCAUCCGGCCCCUCUAAACCUCCCAGGCAGUUUACAGUGGAGCCAGAUAUUGUUGCUAGCACAAAGAAAACUCCACCUUCUAGGCCUCCUCCGCCCAGUGGAGCCCCUCCCCCCAGGCCGCCACCGCCAGCUCGGCCAGCGCCUCCACCCAGUAAAAAGUCUCAGGAAGUGAUGCGGCCCACGGGGCUAGAAGUCUCUACAGAACCAGUGGAAGAGCCAUGCGGAUUGGUCAGUCCAAACUCCACUGUGAGGUCCCUUGCUAAAGAGCUGCAGCAUUCUCUGGACCUCGCCAGCGCCACCAGUGGGGAGAAAAUAGUAACUGCACAAGAAAAUGAUGAGCAAGCGUCCAGCCCUAGUGGAAGUGAAACUCCUGGACCCCAGAGACCACGCUCUAACUCGGGCAGAGAGCUCACUGAUGAGGAGAUCUUGGCGAGUGUAAUGAUUAAGAAUCUGGACACUGGUGAGGAAAUCCCUCUGAUCCAGGCAGAGGAGAAGCUUCCAACUGGAAUCAACCCACUAACACUGCACAUCAUGAGAAGGACCAAGGAGUACAUCACGAACGAUGCUGCUCAGUCAGAUGACGAUGACAAGAGUCAGGCUCCUCUGAGUGACACGGAUGGAGGGAAACUCAAACAGAGAACCACUCAGCUGAAGAAGUUUCUGGGGAAGUCAGUGAAGCGAGGGAAGCACCUGUUGGAGGAGUACGGGGAGCGUGCAGUGAAUAAAGUGAGGAGCGUGAGGGACGAAGUGUUCCACACAGAUCAGGACGAGCCGUCCUCGAGCGACGAUGAGGGAAUGCCUUACACACGGCCUGUGAAGUUUAAAGCAGCCCACAGCUUCAAAGGCCCGUUCGACUUCGACCAUAUAAGAAUGGUGCAGGACCUCAGCGGAGAACACAUGGGUGCGGUGUGGACGAUGAAAUUCUCUCACUGCGGGCGGCUGCUGGCUACAGCCGGUCAGGAUAACGUGGUUCGCAUUUGGGUCCUAAAAAACGCCUACGACUACUUUAACAACAUGAGGAUCAAAUACAACACAGAGGGCCGUGUGUCCCCGUCUCCUUCUCAAGAGAGUCUGUGUUCCUCCAAGUCUGACACUGAAGGAGGGUUGGGAGCUUUAGUGGAAGAUGCGGACACUGAAGACAGAAACGUGCCCUUCAGGCAGGUUCCCUUCUGCAAGUAUAAAAGCCACACCGCCGACCUUCUGGACCUUUCCUGGUCAAAGAACUACUUCCUGUUGUCCUCCUCUAUGGAUAAGACGGUGCGGUUGUGGCACAUAUCCAGGAGAGAGUGCCUGUGCUGUUUCCAGCAUGUAGACUUUGUUACCGCAAUCGCCUUUCAUCCCAGGGAUGACCGCUAUUUUCUGAGUGGUUCUCUGGACGGUCGGCUGCGUUUGUGGAAUAUUCCAGAUAAGAAGGUUGCUUUGUGGAACGAAGUUGACGGUCAGACACGUCUCAUCACCGCAGCCAACUUCUGCCAGAAUGGCAAAUACGCUGUCAUCGGCACCUACGACGGACGCUGCAUUUUCUAUGACACAGAGCGCCUCAAGUACCACACACAGAUCCACGUCCGCUCCACCAGAGGGAGGAAUCGCGUGGGCCGCAAAAUCACUGGCAUCGAGCCUCUGCCUGGAGAGAAUAAGAUCCUGGUGACGUCAAACGACUCGCGGAUUCGCCUGUAUGACCUGAGGGACCUGUCUCUGUCUAUGAAGUACAAAGGCUACGUCAACAGCAGCAGUCAGAUCAAAGCCAGCUUCAGUCAUGACUACUCGUUCAUUGUGAGCGGCUCAGAGGACAAGUACGUGUACAUCUGGAGCACUUAUCACGACCUCAGCAAGUUCAGCUCUGUACGGAGGGACCGCAAUGACUUCUGGGAAGGAAUUAAAGCCCAUAAUGCAGUGGUGACGUCUGCCAUCUUUGCACCACACCCCGGUUUGAUUGUGCCUCAGGAGGCGGGGCAGGAGAAACCCGAUGCCGAGUGUAAGAGCGACGACACAGACGACUCGGAGACCAUCCCAUCAGGAGCUUUAAAAACCGAUCACACUGAGGUUCUCCUGUCUGCUGACUUCACCGGCGCCAUCAAAGUCUUUGUGAAUGUUAAAAAAUACUGAGCAGCGAAAGAAAAACAAAGCCUGUAAAUUAGAGACAGUAUUGAGUACCGUACUUCAAAGUGGAGGCCUGUAGGCUCCACCCACAGCUCCCCUUCGAUGACCAGUCAGCUGCUGGCGAGUGCUCUGGAGAGGAAGGUUGCGUCCUCUUUGCAGGGAACAGGGACCCAGGAAGUUCAGACUGCUGGGAAGGUGGAGGACUGUAAAGGGGGAAGAGGAGGAACAUUUCCACAACGCGACGCACUUUCCUUCAUCUGCUCUUUCCUUUCUUUCUCGUUGCUUAAUGGAGCGGCUCUGCACCGUAACUUGUCGAUUAGGUUUGGUGAAGCAUAAUUCGAUGACUGUGCGAGUGUGAAUGGGGCUUAUCGGCGGUCUGUGUGUGAUGGUCAGUUCGUGUGCAGCACAGCGCAAAACAGAAAUCAUGCUAACAUCGUAAAACAUUGGAGCAGGAAAAGGAAGCCGCAGCUGUAAGUCAUCAGUCAUUCUUCCGAGGAUAGUACAGUACUUCCUACAGUACUGACGGAGGCCGUGCCUGGAAACGGAGCUAAUACGAGAUCAUGGUUGAUCAGAAUGAUACUAGAAACAUUUCCUAUGGAGUUUCCUUCCUUUCCUUCUUUGUUGAUAACGGUUAUAUGAUAUUAAAAUAAAUGAAACGUGAUAUGAUUAAAGUCAUAAAAGGGGUCGGGUUAAUGUUGCUGGUAUGCAAAUCAUCAGCGUCAUAUCAAAAUCUUAUUUAUUGUUUUAUGAAUACUGUAUUAUUGCUGUCCAAAAACAAACAAGUUUUUUUUCCUGCUUUUAUUUUUGGUUUGAGCUCAGCCGCUGGCUGAAAUUUCAUGAUGAAUGGACCAGAAUGCUCCAGAAUUACUUGAAAUAAAAUCUCUUUCCUUACAUUAACUCACUUUGAAACUUCAGGAUAUUUUGCUUUCUCCCGCAAAGUUACUAAUUCAGAUGUCGUUGCUGUCAGCAUAAAACCUCAUAUCUCUGUUUUUCAGAUUUUGACUAAAUUUGAAGCGAUUUGACCCGUUUCCCUUGACAUUGUGUGUACGUGUCAUGAAGAACGGACCAAAAGAAACGACCCAAAAUGACUUGGACUGAUGUCUGGUUCCAUUGACUUACAUUAAAAGUAGAGCAUGUUUUUUCCUUCUCCUGUAGAGUUACCGCUUUGGAGAUACGAGGUUUUCUUGCGACAACAGCGAUAUUUGUUUUGGUUUGGACAGUAUAGAUGUAAAUAUACAUUUCACCAGCUGUCCUUUACGCAGUCUGAUCAUUUCAAUGAAUGGACCACUGGGAACGGUCCAUUAACUUGGAUUAAAAUCUUACAUUAACUUCUAAAAGCUCUUUUUCCCUGUAAACCAUGUCUGAGAUGGAAGGUUUUAUUACUGCAGCAACAAAUUGUGCAAAAGAAUUUGACAAAUUUCCUGUUAUAGCCGGAUAAUCGGCAUCUUCUUCCCAAUCUGUCCAGUUAGGCCGAGAUCAGUACUAACGCUUGUGUUUCGUGACGGCUAGUUAGCCGAGUUUGAACAAGUCACUGAAGUGUUAUUCUGUUCCGUUUCCCACAAGUCCAGCAUUUUCAACAGUACUGAUUCUCAGCUGCAGUGGCGCUGCAGUUACCUGCUGCAUUUACAUUAUGACUUGGCAUUACUGCGGUUGUGAGCAUGGUUUCUGUUUUGUGCUGAGCCCUGUGUUUGUAUAAGCUGGCCAAUUUUUUUUUUCCCCCACAAGAAGCUUUUUCUAAACUUGAACAAGAAACACUGCGAACAACUUUGAGAGCAAACAAAAGUGAUGCUACCAUCUCUGUGACGCACCAAGCCUUUUACUUUCUCUUCUUCACUCGAGGUUCCAGAUCAGUUCUUAUUUGCUUGAAAUAUAAACCAACACUCCUACAAUAAAGUCAAACCUUUCUGAUUCUAGCAGAUUCAUUUCAGCUCAAUUUCAGUUCUGCAUUUCUCAACUGUGUCUGUUUUAUUGUACACUUGUAAAAAUAAUUGAACCUCUUGAUUUUUAAAAAAAAAUGAAUCACUAAACAAGAAUAAAGUUUAACAGAUUUUCCCAUGUAAGA